AUGGCACCACCCGCUGGAGCAUCAGCUUCCAAGGCGCCGUCAAUGAGGGCAUUGACAGCGCGACUGAAGGCAGCUCAACUGUCCUUCAACGACAUUCAGCGGUUCACCGAGGCAUUUUCUGAUGCCAAUACUGUUACAGAGGUGGAAAUACGUAUUGCAAAACUGGAUGAGCUGUGGGAGAGCUACAGUGCUACCAUGGUGGAGAUCUUCGCUCACGAAGAAUACAACGAGGAAAAGACGUCGCUUGAGAAGGAACGUGCGGAAUUCAGCGAUCGAUAUUAUGAGAUCAAGUCCUUCCUAACGGACAAGAUCAAAUCGUUCCAGAAACCCCUGAUCCAGCUGCAGACGUUCAACGGGGACAUCGACGAGUGGCUGAGUUUCCGCGACCUAUUCACAUCGCUCAUCCACUGGAAAGUGGAUCUACCGGAAGUGGAAAAACUUCAUUACUUGAAGGGCUGUCUUCAAGGAGAACCCAAGGCUCUCAUUGAUCCACUUCCAAUCACAAAGGCCAACUAUCAAGUGGCGUGGGAUUUGCUGUUGAAGCGCUACAAUAACAGCAAGCAGCUAAGGAAGCGGCAGGUACAAGCUCUCUUCAAGCUGCCCACACUCUCGAAGGAAUCAGGUGCAGACCUGCAUACCCUGGUUGAAGGCUUUGAACGAAUCGUGCACACACUCGACCAGGUCGUCCAGCCGAACGAGUACAAGGAUCUUCUGUUUGUGAACAUCCUCACUGCACGAUUGGAUCCAGUUACGCGUAGGGGGUGGGAAGAGGUCUCAUCGGCGAAGCAACAGGAUACAUUGGAGGAUUUAUUCGAGUUUCUGCGGCGUCGAAUCCAGGUUUUGGACAGCCUUCCGGCAAAAUCUACCGACACUAGGGGUACCGGUCAAAUACAGCAGUACUCGAAGGCGAAGCAAUCAACGGUGAAGACCAGCUAUAGUUCUACCCAGGCGUCAAGGGGACGCUGCGUUGUCUGUUCAUCAGAUCAUUUUCUGUACCAGUGCAACGAGUUUCAUCGAAUGACGGUAUCGGACAGGGAUAGUCUACUUAAAACUCAUGGACUUUGUCGGAAUUGCUUCAGGACGGGGCACCAUGCCAAGGAAUGCCAAUCAAAAUACUCCUGUAAGAACUGCAAGGGUCGACACCAUACCCUAGUAUGUUUUAAGCAGGGGAAGGAGAAAGAACCCAAGGUGGCGGCAGUGGCUGGGGACAACCAGCCAUCGGUACCCAAGAAUCAAAGAGAUUCAUCUAACACCCAAGUGGCCAACGUGGCAGCCACGGAAACUGUAGUGUCCACUACAGCUCACCAACAUCUCAAACGGGUUCUUUUGGCAACAGCAGUUGUGAUGAUUGAAGAUGACAUCGGCAACCGAUUUCCUGCUCGUGCAUUACUGGACUCCGGAUCCGAAAGUAAUUUCAUUACAGAGCGGCUGAGUCAGCGGUUAACAGUUCAUCGAGAUCGAGUGGAUAUUUCGGUGGCAGGAAUUGGUCAGGCGGCGACCAAGGUUCGGCAAAGGAUUCAAGCGGUACUUCAUUCACGAGUUUCGAAAUAUUCCCGUGAACUAGCCUUGUUGGUUCUUCCAAAGGUCACGGUGAAUCUUCCAACAACCACUAUCAAUACGGCUGCUUGGACACUGCCAAGCGGAAUUCAGUUGGCGGAUCCUACAUUCUUCGAAUCUAAUGGAGUGGAUAUCGUACUUGGCAUCGAGUACUUCUUCGACUUUUUCGAAACAGGAAAAAGGAUUUCUCUGGGGAACAACUUCCAACCCUCAACGAGUCCGUGUUUGGCUGGCUGCAACGUGUCCGCGUUGGAUGGCUUGGAUACUUUAAUUGCGCGUUUUGGGUCCUGCGAGGCGGUAGAGUCAGGUAAGGCUCAUUCACCAGAAGAGAAGCGUUGCGAGGAGUGGUUCUCAAAUACGGUUCAACGGGAUACGCAUGGUCGGUACACCGUUGCUCUACCGAUGAUGAAAGGCGCUGUGUCAAGGUUGGGUGAAUCAAGGGACAUUGCAUUUCGACGACUGCAAGGAACCGAAAGAAGGUUGGCCAGGGACUCAUCACUUCGAAAACAGUACGUCGCCUUUAUGGAAGAAUACCUCAAUCUCGGACAUAUGAAGAUGCUGGUUGAAGAUUCCCAAAGUUCGAUUCGAAGAUGCUAUUUACCCCAUCAUCCUGUGGUGAAAGAAGCUUCAACAACAACCAAGGUUCGCGUUGUUUUCGAUGCAUCCUGUAAAACGUCUGCCGGAGCGUCUUCUAAUGAUGUACUACUAGUGGAACCAUGGUACAGGAUGAUCUUCGGUCCUUAA